UUCUAAAGGCACCAUGGAAGAACUGAUGAUGGCAAUAUCUUUCAUUCUCUUCCUCUUCACACUCAUCAAGCUCCUCCUCCAAUGGAGAAACCAACCCUCUUGCUACAUGCUAGCCUACCAAUGCUACAAACCCUCCGACCCGACACGAAAACUCGACACCGAUUCAUGCGUACGAGUCAUCCUCCGCAACAAAAACCUCGGCCUCGACGAGUACAGAUUCCUUCUCAAGACCAUCGUCAGCUCCGGCAUUGGCGAACACACCUACGCCCCAAAGAACGUGAUCGAAGGCCGUGAAGAAACCCCAACCCUAAACGACUCCCUCUCGGAAAUGGACGACAUCAUUUUCGACACGCUCGAUAACCUUUUUGCUAAGACUAAUGUUUCUCCUUCCGACAUCAAAAUAUUGGUCGUUAGCGUGUCGUUGUUCUCGCCGUCGCCUUGCUUGACAUCGAGGAUCGUGAACCGUUACAAGAUGAGGGAAGAUGUGAAGGCUUUUAAUCUGUCGGGAAUGGGGUGUAGUGCGAGCAUUGUGGCUAUUGAUUUGGUGAAUAAUUUGUUUAAGUGUUAUGAGAAUUGCUAUGCCAUUGUUGUAGCUACGGAGUCUAUUGGGCCCAAUUGGUAUAGUGGGAAGGAGAAACAAAUGAUUCUUUCAAACUGUUUGUUCCGGUCGGGUGGGUGUUCGAUGCUUUUCACGAAUAGAAGAGAUUUGAGACAUCAAGCCAUGUUGAAGCUUAAAUGUUUGGUUCGGACACAUCUCGGAGCUAACGAUGAAGCAUAUCAAUGUUGUAUUCAGGUGGAAGACGAUAGCGGAUAUCGAGGGUUUAGGUUAACAAAGAACCUCCCAAAAGCAGCUGCAAAAAUAUUUGCAAUGAAUUUAAGGGUUUUAGUGCCAAAGAUUUUGCCAUUAAGGGAGCUACUUCAUCUAGUCAUAGCUAACUCUCUGAGCCAAAAGAAACCAAAAGAAGCCAUGGGAGGAGGAGGAGGAGGAGGAGGUCAAGUUGUAGGUUUGAAUCUCAAGACAGGCGUGGACCACUUCUGCAUCCACCCUGGCGGGCGAGCCGUUAUCGACAGUGUCGGUAAAAGUUUAGGUCUCAACAGUUACGAUCUCGAGCCAGCUCGAAUGGCUCUGCAUCGAUUCGGAAACACUUCAUCGGCAGGAUUUUGGUACGUGUUCGGGUACAUGGAAGCGAAAAAGAGGCUGAAGAAAGGGGAUAGGAUAUUAAUGAUAAGCUUUGGAGCAGGAUUCAAGUGCAAUAAUUGUGCAUGGGAAGUUAGUAGAGAUUUGGAAGAUGAAAAUGUGUGGAAGGAUUGCAUUCAAAGUUACCCUCUUCAAAAUUUGGUGAACCCUUUCAUGGAGAAGUACAGUUGGAUCUAUGAUGAGUGCUUGAACUUCAUUAGAACAAUCGAAUUAACCUCUACCUAAUUUCCUUUUUAUUUAGUUUUUUAAUUCCAAUAAAUAAAUUUAAUCGUAAUACGAUAUCUACUUAUAAAAAUUAAAGGGUGGACGGAUAUUAUAUUCCCGUCCUCGUCUCUGCUUUGCUUUUGCUUAGAGUGUGGAAGACUGUGUUGUAAUAUUGAAAUUUAAGUUUAUAAAAAAUAUAUUGAAGAA